AUGGAGAUGUACUAUCUGGCAGUUGUUGAAGUAGUAAGGAGAAAGAUGUUUGUAAGACACUACAGAGAGUGGGCAAAUGCUUUAGUAAAAGAUGGUAAAUCUCUAUAUGAAUCUGAGAAGAUUAAGAGAGAAUCAUUUGGAAAACUUUUUCGAAAGUCAUAUUUACGAAACCGCCUUUUCAGAGGGCUCGAUUCUUGGCCUUCAUCUUUCUGUAUUCGAAAACCACGGAGGUUUGACAGCAAGCUUCCCGAUAUAUCUUUAAAUGACUUGCAGUUUUUGCAGUCUUUUUGUCCUCCAGAAGUUCAGCUUUUUCUCAGGGUUCCCUUACUUUGUAAUUUUGAGCCUCUGCACCAGCAUGUACGUGCUUUACACAACUUAGUGAAAGCAGCGCAAAGUUUUGAUGAAAUGUCACAGACCAUUACAGAUCUCUUAAAUGAACAAAAGGCUUCAAAUGGUCAGCUCUCACCACAAUCAGCAGUAACUUCACCUAGGAUUGAAAGUACAACAGACCUUACAGCUACUACCUCAUCUAAAACCCCUCCAUCAUUAAGUCUUCAGGCACCUAUAUGCCCCACUGAUGAAAUUCCAGGGGCAUUAGAAGAAUUGUCUCCGGACAGUAUCGAUGCCCACACAUUUGAUUUUGAAACAAUAACUCAUCCAAACACUGAACAGUCACUUAAACAGGGUUCCCUUGACUUGGACUCAUUGACCGAUAGUCCAGAGUCUGAUUUUAUGUCUGCAGUUAAUGAGUUUGUUAGAGAGGAGAAUCCUGUUUCACCGAACAUUAGUGAUACACAAAGCCCAGAAAUGAUGGUGGAAUCUUUAUAUUCUUCUGUAAUUAAUGCAAUAGACAGUAAACGUAUGCAGGACAACAGGAGUAAAGCAAGAGAUGAUUGUAUAGAAAACAUCUCUCUUAAAGCUUGUGUGGAGAAAUGUAAAAUUGUUGCACAGGAAUCCCAAACCAAUCUGAGAAAUUUUAAGGAAGAUCUUUGCCGUUUAAGAACACUUGUACAAAGAGAACAAAAUUACUUUGCAUCUGCUAUAAAAUGUGUUUCAGUAGAAAUUUUAAAUUUGAUUGAAGAAAUGAAAGCUUCCAUUGAAACCACAGUAAAGGAGAAACAUUUAGAGGAAUUACAAACAUUAGAAAGGUCAUAUGAGAAAAGAUUGUUGUUAGCAAAAGAAGAUUUUGAUACAAACGAGAAAAAGAUUGCUACGUUACAGAGUUAUCUAGCAGGACUACAAGAAGAUUUACAGAAUAAAGACAAUGAAUUUUCUUUGGUUAGAAAUGAAAAUGAAGCAAUCCAAUGUUUACAAAUUGAAAAGGAUGAAAAAUUGUUACAUCUACAAAAUGCAAUGAGGGAGCAAACUUCUGAAAUUCAAAAGCUGAAACAAUUACGGGAAGCUGCAUUAGAUGAUUUCAAGAAACAUCAUGCUGAAAAUGAAGAAAAACUCAAGCAACUAAGGGAUGAAUUUCAAAUCUUAAAGAAAACUAAUUUAUUGGAACUUGAAGAGAAUUUGAAACGUAAACAUGCACAAGUGCUUGAAGAUGUAAUCACUGACAACAAAUAUUGCUUAGGAAAACUGGAGAGAGAGCAUAAUCUUAAAACUGAACAGCUACAAGAAACUUGCACGGAGUUGGUGCAAGAGAAAGACCGUCAGUUACAAGAAUUAAAUCUAAGAGUUUCUGAACUUUGGGAAAUAAGGUGUAAAUUGGAAGUUGAAUUGGCACUAAAAGAAAAAGAAAUCUAUGAGAUAAAAUUAUUACUUGAAGAAAACAAAUCACAACAAAAGGAUAACUUAGAAUUUCAACUUGAUGAGAAAACUGAUGCCUUAAAAAAAGAAAUAAUUAUGUUGAAUAAUUUGAUUGAAGUCCAGAAAGUUGAAUAUGAAAGUGGACAAAGAGAACUUAGAACUUUAUUGGAAACUGAGAAAGAUCUGUGCAUUUCAGAACUGUUAACAAGGCAUGAAUCAGACACAAAUUUAAUGCAAGACAAUAUUAUUGAGCUGAACUCUGUAAAUAAACGAGCAUUAGAAGUUGAGCAUAAAUUACGCAAAGAGAUAAGUGAACUAAAAUGCAAAUUAGAUGAUAAUCUAAAAGCAUUUGAAAAGCAAAGAGAACAUCAAGAAAUGGCUCUAAAUGAACAGAAAUCAAAAUAUGAAGUGAUCAUCCACAAUUUUUUUUUUUAA